AUGUCACACGCCACCUGGCGCCCCUCACAGUUUGAAUGGAGUUCUCCCUUCGGGACAAUCCUCCUCUUUCCCCGGGCCAGGCGUAAGAUGGCGGAGGGCCCGUUGUCCAUCAUCACUGAGGCGUUGGACCCAGAGCUACUCAUCGACCCGGAAGUGGCUCUGAAGGCGUGUCAGGAAGUGUUGCAGUCACAUGACAAACAGAAAUGCGACGGCCCCGAUCAGACUGAUGCAAGCCCCGCCCCCUCACUAGAGAGCCCCGCCCCCUCAAUAGAGAGUCCCGCCCCCUCACUAGAAAGCCCCGCCCCCUCGCCAGAGAGCCCCGCCCCCUCACCAGAGAGCCCCGCACCCUCUUCUGUUACGCGCCUACAUAAGCCCCGCCCCAAAGAUAUCUCAUCCAAUCAGCAGUCAUCGUGGCUUCUGCGUCUUUUUGAAUCCAAACUGUUCGACGUCUCGAUGGCCAUUUCAUAUUUGUACAGUUCUAAAGAUCCAGGAGUCCAGGCCUACAUUGGGAACAGACUCUUCUCCUUCUCUCACUCGGAUGUGGACUUCUUUUUGCCGCAGCUGCUGAACAUGUACGUGCACAUGGACGCGCACGUGGGAGACGCCGUCAAGCCCUAUCUGGUGCACCGUUGCCGUGGCUCCGUCUCCUUCUCUCUCACCUGUGCGUGGCUCCUGGGGGCCUACUCCAGCGACAUGCACCUGUCCCACACAGACUCACUCCAGAGGGUCUGA